AUGCGCUCGUCCAAGCCCAGACUGCUAAUGCUUCUCGCGCUUGCAGCGCUCUGCAGCGGAUAUAGCAACACAGGACCUCAUGACGUACCUAAUGGUGAGGCAGAUGACGAUCUGGAUCAUCUGCCACGCGACUCAGUGGGGUCUCGGGACGCACCAGCGACGCAACAAGAGGCGACAACGGACGUGCAGUCUGUUGCACAGUCCGAGACGAAGGAGUUGUCCCGUAUCCAGCAAAUCACUGAGCCAGACGAGCCCAAAGCAGACACGAAAGUUGCAGACGAAGACGUGGACCACGUACUUGACGUUCCCAGCGGUCUCUUUGAAGUUGUGGAUGCCGACAGCGUCGACACGCACACGCGCCAGAAUUACGCGUCGUUGGACGCUGGUGCGACGAUUCUGGACGCUGCCCCAGAUACCAAGAGCCCUACGAACCUGUUGGUUCCCGACAAGGAUCGGUACAUGCUGACGCCGUGCUCGAAUCCCCGCAAAUGGGUCGUCAUUAGCCUUUCCGAGGAUGUGCACGCAGACGCUAUCGCAGUUGCCAAUUAUGAGAAGUUCUCGUCGCCCGUGAAGGAGUUUAUCGUGCUGGGCAGCGUCAACUACCCGACUGAUACGUGGCUCGUUCUGGGCAACUUUACAGCUGAACAUGUGAAUGGGGAGCAGAUCUUUCAGCUUGAAGCCCAGCAGCAUGUGCGGUAUAUCAAGUUUCGCAUCCUAUCGCAUUAUGGGUCGGAGUACUACUGCACGCUAAGCCAGUUGCGAGUGUUCGGUCGGACUUUUACGCAAGUAAUCUCUGAGCUGGAAAGGAGCAUCGAUGCAGAAGUUGAAGCUUUGGAUGCGCACGGGCCAAGCGCGGCACCGGGACUGCGUGCUUUGCCUGACAGUGUUGAAGUCAACGUGCCUCGUAUCGCAGACCCGAUGGAGCUCGUGAGCCAGUGUUUGAUGGAGAAGAAUAAUAGUGUGGUUGCUGUUUUCUACGACGAGCCUCAGCAGAUGGAGCACUACCGAAGCCAUGGAAUGUGCUGCCUCGUCGACUACACUCCACAACAGAUGGAAGUCGAAGCUGCAGCAAGUUUGAACACCGACGAGCAUCCGUUUACCGUGAGCCACGACGCCACUGAUUCCGACGUCGUGGAGGAAGCUGUUCACGUUGCUGAUCCUGAUGCGGGCACAAACGUGCCGAAUGCCUCGACGACUCAGGACUCUGAUACUAACGCCACCACAUCAAGUGGUGUAGCAGCGCCAUCUUCGUUGCUGCCCGCCACUCACAACUCUGUGGUGUCAUCUACUCAAAGUCUCGGCCGUCUAGAGAACAUUUUCGUGCGUAUCACCAAGAAGAUCCAAGCGUUGGAAGCAAACCAAAGUGUCAUGGGGAAGCAAUUGGAGGACCUGCACACGAAUCAGUGGGCUGCUAUAAAAAUGCUGCAGUCGAAUCAAGAAACGUUGAACGAUCAGUUGAAAGAGAUCCGCACGUCAAUCGCGGCUUUGAAUGACCAUGUCGCGAAACAGCUGUUGGAGAACGAACAAACUCUGUUGAUCUAUGGUCGAUUGCUUGAUGAUGCCCGGCGAGACAAUAGUGCCCUAUGGAAAGAAAUGCUGAUCGUGCAUAAGGUCAUCACGACCAUGAAAGCAGGCAUUCUUUGUGCCAUUGUUCUAUCUGGAUUCAUCAUUUCAUUCUACAUGCUUCGGCUUUUAUUCCGAUGCGUUUCCAAGUGCAAGGAGCGUGCUGACCUUCGGGAAUGGUUCUGGCGUAUGGAAACUCAUAAGCAGUGCGUGAACGACACCGACCGGAAUGCACCAGCGCGCACGAUGUCUACUGGAGCCUUGCGUGUGAAGCGGAAAAAUCAGUUUGGUUCAUCGCGGGAUGAUUCAUCGCUCGAUCGGAAGUCUCUUGUCAGCGACAUAGUUGGUAACGGCCAGCAACAAUUCCGACGGCGCCACGCCAAGAGUGUAAGCCAGGCGUCGGUAUCGCUGAAGCGAUUGAAAUAG